AAAUGAAAUAGUUGUACAAUUGUAAUAAACAUAACCUUAAAAUUAUAUUCCUACUAAAAUAUAAUAUUUUACUUAAAUCUCGCGUAGUACGUACACGUUUUUCUUAAAACUUUUGUUUUCAGACUGACUAAGUGACGCACUAAAAUGACCAACUCAAAAGGUUAUAGACAUGGAACUCGAGAUUUAUUCUCCAGAAAAUUCCGCAGACACGGAGUUAUCCCUCUGUCAACUUACAUGAAAGUGUAUAAAGUUGGCGAUCGAGUAGACAUAAAGGGAAAUGGUGCUGUACAAAAAGGUAUGCCUUACAAAGUGUAUCACGGUAAAACUGGCCGUGUAUUUAAUGUUUCUAAACAUGCUCUUGGAGUAAUUGUUAACAAACGAGUUCGUAACCGUAUUAUUCCUAAAAGAAUAAACAUUCGUAUUGAACAUGUUAACCCAUCCAAAUGUCGUGAUGAUUUCCUUAGGCGAGUGAAAGAAAAUGAAAAGAAAGUAGCUGAAGCCAAAAUAAAGGGCAUUAGAGUUUGCCUCAAGCGUAAACCACAAGGACCACGACCUGGACAUAUUGUCAGAGGUACAGAACCAAUUAGUUUAGCUCCUCUACCUUAUGAAUUUGUUGCUUAAUUGUGGUGUUAUAUGUGUAAGAAUAAAUGUAUGGUUCAAACACAA